UACGUACGUGCUCGGCUGCUGCCUGCACGACCAGACAGCGCAAGGGAGGAGACAGCGUGCGUGCGUGUGCGUGGAUAUAUGGAAGCGGCGGCGGGCGGCGCGGAGAUCUACCGGCUGCCGGAGGAGUGCGUGGCGUACGCCAUCUCGCUGACGACGCCCGGCGACGCGUGCCACUCGUCCGCGGUGUCGCCGGCGUUCCGGGCCGCCGCGGACUCCGACGCCGUCUGGGACCGGUUCCUGCCGCCCGACCACGCCGCCGUGCUGGCGCGCGCCGACGAGCCCGUGGAGUGCGAGUCCAAGAAGGAGCUCUUCUCGCGCCUCUGCGGCAGCCCCGUCCUCCUCGACGGCGCCACCAUGAGCUUUGGUCUGGAGAGACGGAGCGGGGCGAAAUGCUUGAUGUUGUCGGCGAGGGCGCUGAGCAUUGUGUGGGGAGAUGAUCCGACGUGCUGGAUAUGGACCGCUAGCCUUCCGGGAUCCAGGUUUCCGGAGGUCGCCGAGCUCGUCGACGUGUGCUGGCUGGAGAUCAGCGGGAAGCUGAGCCUCUCGCUGCUCUCCCCGGGGACAACCUACGCCGCCUACCUCGUCUUCGCCAUCGCCGACGAGUCCUACGGCCUCGAGUGCCACGUGGGCAUGCUGCCACCCAAGGCCACAGUCACCGUCAUCUCCGGGAGCAGCAGCAAGCCGGCGACCUCGACCGAGCACGCCAUCUGCCUGCAGCACAUGCAGGGCGAGGAGGAGGCCGCCAUGCACCGGCAGAAGCAGCAGUACAUGCGCCUCCGCAAGGGCUACGGCCGCAAGAUGGUGACGAGGGAAGCCGACCCGGACAUCAGGUGCCCGCGGCGGAGGGGCGACGGGUGGGCGGAGGUCGAGCUGGGCGAGUUCGCCGUGGCCGGCGACGGCGAGGACGAUGGGGUGGUGGAGGUGAGGCUGGAGGAGGUGGAUAGCCGGCGGUGGAAGAGGGGGCUCAUCGUGCAAGGCAUUGAGAUAAGGCCCAAACACGAUAGCUAGCGCAGUUGAUUGCUUGACUUUGAUCAACAGCUAGCUGUGGCUGCUAGAGGAUUAAAUUUCUAAUCUAGGGGAGGAUUAAUUAAUUAAGAAGUGCCGAUGAAUUAGGUCCAGACAGUAACGCGCCGAUCGAACAGGUAGCUCUCAACCAGAUCCUUUUCUGGACUGACGCAACAGCUUAAAAAAUUCAGCUGCUGAUCAAGAAUGGUCUGUUGCGUCAGUGCUUGCAUGGAGCCUGCUAUACGUCGUACGUGCUGCUGCAAUUGAAGCCUACGGGACAUGCAUGCAGUUGGAACGGCUUGGGCCACAAGCUUCCCUGUUCGAUAGCCACAAUGCAUGCAUGGCUUAUCCGCUGAUAGAUAGAAGAUGAUGAUCAGGGCGACAGCAGAAUAUAUAGCAAAUCCUGCCGUGGAGUACGUAACGUACGUACGUGGCCCAGUUGGUGAUGCUGCAGGGACCAAAAUGAGAUUCAUUAUUGCAAAUGUACUAUUUGUUGUAAUGUUAACUCCACAUGUUUUAACGUGGUUGGUCGUUGUUCCA